AUGGUUUGGGUUAUUGGUUUAAUGAAGCAAGUCUUUAUAAGCAUUGUAUUUGGGUUAACAGUUGAAGGACUUGCUAUUUCCAAGCUCAACGAUCGUGGUGCUGCCCCUGGACUCAUGGGAAAUUUCUUCGACAAGAGAAGCACUCCUGGUGUCCUUAGUUUAGAGCUUUAUGUUAACAGGAAUCAUGAUGAUAGUAAUUUCACUAUUGGUCCCCACUUUGUUGUUAAUGAAUAUUCUAAGAGAGAUGAUUAUAUUAGUGUUGAAUUAUACAAUGAGCAAGUUACUUACUCUGCAAAUAUCACCGUUGGAUCAAAUAGUCAGAAGCAGAAUGUUAUUGUUGAUACCGGAUCCUCUGAUUUAUGGGUUGUUGAUUCCAGUGCAAAUUGUCAAGAGAAAUCCGGAUACUCCUCUGAUUAUUGCUUCAGUGGGGGCACAUACGAUCCAUCAAGUUCUUCCACAAUCCAAGAGUUGGGUAAAUCUUUCAACAUUAGAUAUGGAGAUGGUUCUUCUUCUAGUGGUACCUGGGUCAAAGACACAGUUGGAAUCAAUGGUGCAAUUAUUUUAAACCAACAGUUUGGUGAUGUGAACUCAACUUCUGUGUCACAAGGUAUAUUGGGUAUUGGCUUGGAUACCAAUGAGUCAACUGAUACCAUCUAUGAAAAUUUUCCAAUCAAUUUAAAAGAACAAGGAUUUAUUAAUACUAAUGCCUAUUCUUUAUAUUUGAAUGCUCCUUCAGCUACCAGUGGUACUAUUAUUUUUGGAGGCAUUGAUCAUGCCAAGUAUACCGGAUCAUUAACUACAUUGCCUCUCACAUCAAAUCGAGAAUUUACAAUCCAAACCAAUUCAGCCACAGUCGGUACUAGCACUAUUGAUAUCAAUACUGGUCUAUUGUUGGACUCUGGGACCACAUUAACCUAUCUUCCACAAAGUGUCGUAGAUAGCAUUGCUAAUGCUAUUGGAGGAGAUAUUACUUACAAUAGACCGAUUGGUGCUUAUAUUUGGUCAUGCAAUAGAAAUGGUAAAGUAACUUAUAAUUUUCCACAGGGAUUAAAUAUAGAUAUUCCUUAUUCUGAUUUAGCUGUUCCGUUAUAUUAUUCUAAUGGUGCCGUUGCUGGUUUCUGUGCUUUGGGUAUCUUGUAUGGUGAGAACUUCAAUAUUUUGGGUGACAAUUUCUUAAGACAUGCCUACGUGGUUUAUAACUUAGAUGCACUCACUAUUAGUUUGGCUCCUGUAGUAUACACAUCUGAUUCUAAUGUCACUAUUGUUUAG